UUUACAGAGGUAACUCUUAGAUCGAUAUAAGGUGCAUACACAAAUUUUGAAGGAUGGCUGAGGAGGAGGAUCCUAGCAGCUAUAGAUGGGAAACAGAGUAUGAAAAAACCUGGGAAAGUAUUCAUGAAGAUGAGCAAGGACUUCUUCAAGGUAGUGUUGAAGAAAUUCUUCAUCGCAACAAGAGACUUCGACUACAAAAAAAGAAAAAUAUUCGCCUUGGAAUGAUGAGGCACUUGUUUGUUAUAGUUGAUCUUUCUGAAGCAAUGGCUGUACAAGACUUGAAGCCAACAAGACAUCUGUGCACAAUUAAGAUUCUUGAAGAUUUUAUAGGAGAGUUUUUUGACCAAAAUCCAAUUAGUCAACUUGGAAUCAUUAUCACCAGAAGUAAACGUGCUGAAAUCCUUAUGGAGCUAAGUGGAAAUGCUAAGCAUUGCAUGGCAGGCUUAAAGGAUAUAGCUGAUGCUGUCUGUGUAGGGGAACCUUCAUUGCAAAAUUCCUUAGAAUUGGCUGCUCAAACCUUAAAACACAUGCCAGGACAUACGAGUCGAGAAGUAGUAAUUAUUUUAGGUAGUUUGACCACAUGUGAUCCCAGUGAUAUCUGCUCAACAAUUGAGACUUUGAAAUCCCAAAAAAUACGAUGCUCUGUAAUUGGUUUGGCAGCAGAACUGAGAAUAUGCAAGGCAUUGGUACAAGCCACAGAAGGUACAUAUCAUAUAAUCCUUGAUGAGCAUCAUUAUAAAGAAAUAUUAUACAAUCAUAUUAGUCCACCACCUGCUUCUGGUAUUACCGAGUCUUCACUUGUGAGAAUGGGUGAGUUUUCCUCCCAUGUUAGUGAUGCAGAAGGCAAGUCAUCACUGUGUAAUUGCCACCUAGACAGUAAAGUUCCAGGAGAAAAGUUUGGAAUUGGAGGAUAUUUCUGUCCACAGUGUCACAGCAAGUAUUGUGAGCUACCAGUAGAGUGUAAAGCCUGUGGUUUAAACUUAGUUUCGGCACCACAUUUAGCAAGAUCUUAUCAUCAUUUAUUCCCACUGGAAAAUUUUAAAGAAGUGAACAUAAACAAUCGUACUGAUUCUGAGUUGAGGUAUUGUUGUGGGUGUCAAGCUUUGUUUACAGAACAAACAGUUUACAGAUGCACCCAGUGCCAGCAGCUGUUCUGUCUAGAAUGUGAUCUCUUCAUCCAUGACACACUCCAUACCUGUCCAGGCUGCUCCAGCUCUAGAAACUUUAAUAUGGGUAUCUGAGUUUUCUGAACAGUUUUGUUUUGGUGUGUCCAUAAAUAAAGCUAUAUUUAAAAUUUUUA